AUGCAGCUUCAGCACGAGAAGUUGUCCUCUUCCCUCCGCGAAGCCAUCAAGCGAGCCACUGCCUGGGUCGCCAAAAAAGCCCGCAAUGACGGCCACUGGUGUGGCGAGCUCAAGGCCAAUGCCACGCUGACGGCCGAGCAUAUCAGUCUACUGGGCGCGCUGGGCAUUUUCAUAUCCAGCCCGAACGAGUGGAUCAAAUGGCUGCUCGCUAAUCAGCACGACGACGGUAGCUGGGGCCUUGCAGCCAACUUGCCGGGCGAGAUCUCGACCAGCGUGGAGGCCUACUUUGCGUUGAAGCUGCUGGGACAGUCUCCGGAGCAUGCAACCAUGCGUAGAGCCCAACAAUUUAUCACCUCUGCUGGCUGGAUCGAGAAAGUCCGCAUCUUCACCCGCUUUAACUUGGCAAUCUUUGGCCUCUAUCCGUGGAGUGCGGUCCCUGAACUGCCCCCUGAACAUCUACAACAUAUUCUCGUGGGCGCGUUCCACUGUCGUUCCGUUGACGAUCGUACGCCAUCACGAGCCCUGCUUCCUGCCAACAGCUGGUACCCCGAUCUCGACGAUACUGCGGCAGCCAUUAUUGCGCACGCGAAGCAAACUCCCUCGAGUGUGAACAAAUGGGUCGUCACCAACGCAAUCGAAUGGAUCAUGGGCAUGCAAAACAAAGACGGGGGUUGCGACGCAUUCGACUACGAGAUCAACAAGGAGUUCUUCAAUAAGAUACCCUUCUCGGACAUGGAUAGCAUGUGCGGUCCCUCAACAGCCGACGUGACCGGCCGUAUCCUCGAAGCGCUUGGUCUGCUCCUCAAAAUCGGCACCGAGACCGCAUCCUACGAGGUCUCCGCCUCCCUUGAGUCACGCAUGCGAGAGACAGCUACAAGGGCCAUCAAAUACCUCGAGAGCGAGCAGGAAUCCUUCGGUGCAUGGUUCGGCCGAUGGGGCGUCAACUACACGUACGGGACGAGCAACGUGCUCUGCGGGCUGGCCUACUGGGAGACAAAUCUCGACGUUACGCGCAACGACACUGUCUACAUGAUGAUUGAUGACGGCGUCCGCUGGCUCGUGAAGGCGCAACAAAGCCAUGGCGGGUGGGGGGAGUGCUUUGAAACAUAUAAGGACAUCAGCCUUGCUGGGACAGGGCCUGUCAGCGCAACCUACUCAGCCUGGGCAAUUAUGGGCUUGCUAACACGCUUGGUCCCCAGCAAGCCGGCUAUCACCGAAGAAAUAGUGUUCUUACUGUCUAGACAGGUGACGGAAGGGGAAGUUGGAAGGAACAUGGGAUGA